AUGUUAUUCUCCAUAUUCGCUCUCACCCCGCUUCUAUUGCAAGUCGUCUCGGGUCUACGAGUCACCCCGCGGUCGCCCUGUUCCAGUGUCUGCGGCGCAAAUCUGACGGAAACUACGGGAGAUGACAUUGUAUGCCACGAUCCCGAAUUCAACACAACUGCUGUCGGCCGUCGCUUCCGAGACUGCGUAUCAUGUGAAUUGCAGAGUACAUUUUACGAUACCGCUCUUGACGAGACUGACGUUAAAUGGGGUUUAUAUAACCUGCGCUUUGCCUUCUCUACUUGCAUCUACGGUUUCCCUGUCGUAAAGCAGUCGCUGUCUACUCCAUGCCAGGUCACAUGCCAAGGUCUAUCGGAAUCAAUUCAAUUCAAACAGUUGCGGCCACAGGGGAAGAACCUGUAUGACUUCUGUGGGAUUUCGACAUUUUCCGAUAAGGAUAUUACCGACUGCACCAUCUGCUAUUCUCUAACUGAAAAUGAGAAGUUCCUUGCAAACUUCCUUGAAUCCUUCCGUGAAGGAUGCCGUGGCAAAGUUCCUAAAGGGGACAAGUUCUAUAUUGAGCCCAAUAGAAUCUUCAAUCCGCUACAGCUGCCCUCCAACGAGAACCCGGUAGUCCCAGGCCUGGCAAAGGGCCAUCCAAGAAAGAACCUGGUCCUCAUAAUCGUCCUCCCUAUCGUUGGAUUCUUAUUACUAUCUGCAGUUACGUGUGUGGGCUGCUUCUUCUAUAUCCGCAACCGUCGCCGAAGAGCCAAGCGACAAAGCCAAUCGAGCAGUCUGCACGAGAGAUGGAAUGAUACCACUAUCAUGACCCCAUCGCAUAAUGGUUUGCAUAGGUACUGGGGCGGCGAACCAACCCCUCAAGCGCAACAGUUUUAUGACCCCAGCAUGACACACGACCAGUAUGGCUCAUACUAUUCCCCUGAUCAACAAGACGUCAAGUAUCCCUCUGAAGCACACAUGAUGACGACGUUUACUCCGCAGACGGCGCAACAUGCCAGUGAGGGUGACCGAAAGGUUCCAAUCCUCUCUGCGGCACCACCUCCACGAAAGUCUCUAUCAAACAAUAGAUAA